GAGAGGAGACAGGGAAAGAAGACAGUGGGACUCCGGCGGUCAGAGAGAGGAGACAGGGAAAGAAGACAGUGGGACUCCGGCGGUCAGAGAGAGGAGACAGGGAAAGAAGACAGUGGGACUCCGGCGGUCAGAGAGAGGAGGCAGGGAAAGAAGACAGUGGGACUCCGGCGGUCAGAGAGAGGAGGCAGGGAAAGAGAGAGAACUUCGUGCGUUCUACUACACACAGUCACAGGAUAAGGACGAGUGCGUAGACAGUUAUUAUAGACAUUUUUGUGUGUCUUCUUUUUAAAUCAACGUUUGCACGUGAGAUUACGGUUGUAGUGGGUGUAAAGGAACUAGAAAAGCAUCGGAGGAAUGUAUCCAGCUCGAGCAACAGUGACCCACCGUCCUCCGAGAUGUCAGCUCCACAUUAUCCGAACCAUCGUGCUACUCCUGGCUGUCCUAGAGAUGUCUGCGACACGGUCUGAUUUCCCCCACGACCCCAGUGUUGUGGCCCCCUCCACUUGGAACAGCUCAGCUCUCUUCUUGCGUCUGGAGGCUCCUAUGAACAACAUCACCACGUCUCUGGGCCAGACAGCAGAGCUGCUGUGUCGUGUGUCCGGUCACCCCACUCCCACGGUGCGCUGGCUGAAGAACGACGCCCCCGUGGUCCAGGAGCCUCGCCGGAUCUCCUACCGACCAACGCCCUACGGCUCCCGCCUCCGCAUCCGUAACCUGGACACUACAGACACAGGCUACUUCCAGUGUGUGGCCACUAACAGCUACGGCAUCGUCUCCACCACAGGAGUACUCUUCGUCAAGUUUGAUCCACUCCCUACACCAAUGCCAGGGAGGCCCUAUCCUGAUGAUUUUGAUGAGGAGGGGUUCUGCCAACCGUACAGGGGAGUGGCCUGUUCUCGCUUCAUAGGAAACCGCAGCAUCUUCGUUGACUCUCUGCAGAUGCAGGGUGAGAUCGAGACCCAGAUCACAGCCGCCUUCACCAUGAUCGGAACGUCCAACCACCUGUCGGACCGCUGCUCCCUGUUCGCCAUCCCGUCUCUGUGCCACUUUGCCUUCCCUACAUGUGACCGCAGCUCUGGGACAGACAAGCCCAGGGACCUGUGUAAGGACGAGUGUGAGAUCCUAGAGAAUGACCUGUGUAAGACCGAGUACAUCAUCGCCCGUUCCAACCCCAUCAUCCUGAAGAGACUGAAACUACCUAACUGUGAGGACCUGGCGGGACACACCAGCCCAGAGGCUGCCAACUGCAUGAGGAUAGGGAUCCCCAUGGUCGAGCCCUUCAACAAGAACCACAGGUGUUUCAACAGCAGUGGUUCAGACUUCCGCGGGACGGUCAGUAAGACCAAGUCAGGUCGUCAGUGCCAGCCCUGGAACUCCCAGUACCCUCACAGUCACACCUACCUGGCAGUACAAUACCCCGAGCUCAGCGGAGGACACUCCUACUGCCGUAACCCCGGCAACAAGCAGGAGGGACCAUGGUGUUUCACGCUGGACGAGGGGGUCCGCUUGGAACUAUGUGACAUCCCUGUUUGUGAUUAUAAGGAGAAGCGUGGGGGCAGUAACAUGGAGAUUCUGUACAUCCUGGUCCCGAGCAUAGCCAUCCCUCUGUCCAUCGCCCUCCUUUUCUUCUUCAUCUGUUUGUGUCGUAACAACCAGAAGGCUUCUCGCCCCCCAGCCCCCAGACAGCCCAAACCUGUCAGGGGACAGAACGUUGAGAUGUCCAUGCUCACCAACUACAAACCCAAGAGUAAGGCCAAGGAGCUCCCCCUAUCCGCAGUGCGUUUCAUGGAGGAGCUAGGUGAAUGUACAUUUGGUAAGAUCUACAAGGGCCACCUGUACAUGCCUGGUAUGGAGCAUGCCCAGCUGGUGGCCAUCAAGACCCUGAAGGACUACUCCAGCCCUGGCCAGUGGGGGGACUUCCAACAGGAGGCAUCAGUCAUGGCUGAGCUGCACCAUCACAAUGUGGUGUGUAUUUUGGGGGUAGUGACCCAGGAACAGCCUGUCUGCAUGCUGUUUGAGUUCCUGAACCAGGGGGACCUCCAUGAGUUCCUCAUCAUGCGUUCUCCUCACUCUGACGUGGGCUGUAGUAGUGAUGAGGACGGGACCAUCAAGUCCGUCCUGGACCACGGAGACUUCCUGCACCUGGCCAUCCAGGUGGCUGCUGGUAUGGAAUACCUGGCCAGUCACUGCUUCGUCCAUAAGGACCUGGCAGCCCGUAACAUCCUAGUGGGGGAACGGCUCCACGUCAAGAUAUCUGACCUGGGUCUGUCCCGAGAGAUCUAUGCCUCCGACUACUACAGGGUCCAGCCCAAGGCUUUACUCCCGAUCCGUUGGAUGCCUCCUGAGUCCAUGGCCUAUGGGAAGUUCACAUCGGAGUCAGAUAUCUGGGCGUUUGGCGUGGUGCUGUGGGAGAUCUUCAGCUACGGCCUGCAGCCCUACUACGGCUUCAGCAACCAGGAGGUCAUGGAGAUGGUGAGGAAACGCCAGCUGCUGCCCUGCCCAGAGGACUGCCCCCCCAGGGUCUUCAGCCUGAUGACAGAGUGCUGGCAGGAGGGCCCAGCGAGGCGUCCGCGGUUUAAGGAUAUCCACUGUCGUCUCCGGGCCUGGGAGGGGCUGUCAUCCCACGCCAGUUCUAGUACCCCAUCAGGAGGCGGGGGCAACGCCACCACCCAGACCACCUCGUUGAGUGCUAGUCCUGUCAGUAACCUCAGCAACCCACGCUACGCCGCUGCAGGCUACCUCUACCCAGCCCAGGGGAUACCCGCGCCAGGUCAUCCGGGCCACCAAAUGGCAGGCUGGACCCCAAUGACCCAUGGAGCACCCAUGGCCCAGAACCAGCACCAACACCAAUGCUUCAUCCCUGUCAACGGCUACCCCAUCCCCCCAGGCUAUGCUGCCUUUCCUGCAGCCCACUUCCAGGCCCAGGGCCCCCCCAGGGGGGUGCAACACCUCCCCCCGCCCAAGAGCAGAUCUCCCAGCAGUGCUAGCGGCUCCACCAGCACUGGUCAUGUGGCCAGCUUGCCGUCCACGGGAUCUAAUCACGAUGCGAACACGCCACUGCUGUCACACUGCGUGGCGAUAUCUGCCCUGCCAGGGGGCGGGACCAUGCAGGUGUACGGACACAUGUCCCAGAAGGCUUUGCAACAGAUGGACCCCUCGCAGACGUCCGCGCUGCUGGCCGACGCCAACAGACUCAUGUACAGCGAUUCAAUCAUCACCGCUGACGUGUAAAACACUACAGACCUGGACUUUAUAAUAUCUCAUCUGGUUGAUUUCAUGCUUUGUUUCCUUUUACCUGUUUUCUUAGUUUUUCUAAUAAAAUUAUUAUAAUUAUUGUUUCAACUUUUUACUCUACUUGUAAAUACAUGUACGUAAAUCCCGAAUGAAUGAAAUGCAAAGAUUUAUAUUCAAUUACCUUGUUUUAAUAAGAGAGCUAGAAGUCGUGGCCUGCCUCCUAUUCUGAAACUCAAACUGCCUGAAUAGACUCUUAAUGAAUCUACUCUACCUGCCUGGAUAGACUCUUAAUGAAUCUACUCUCCCUGCCUGGAUAGACUCUUAAUGAAUCUACUCUCCCUGCCUGAAUAGACUCUUAAUGAAUCUACUCUCCCUGCCUGGAUAGACUCUUAAUGAAUCUACUCUCCCUGCCUGGAUAGACUCUUAAUGAAUCUACUCUACCUGCCUGGAUAGACUCUUAAUGAAUCUACUCUACCUGCCUGGAUAGACUCUUAAUGAAUCUACUCUACCUGCCUGGAUAGACUCUUAAUGAAUCUACUCUACCUGCCUGGAUAGACUCUUAAUGAAUCUACUCUACCUGCCUGGAUAGACUCUUAAUGAAUCUACUCUACCUGCCUGGAUAGACUCUUAAUGAAUCUACUCUACCUGCCUGGAUAGACUCUUAAUGAAUCUACUCUACCUGCCUGGAUAGACUCUUAAUGAAUCUACUCUACCUGCCUGGAUAGACUCUUAAUGAAUCUACUCUACCUGCCUGGAUAGACUCUUAAUGAAUCUACUCUACCUGCCUGGAUAGACUCUUAAUGAAUCUACUCUACCUGCCUGGAUAGACUCUUAAUGAAUCUACUCUACCUGCCUGGAUAGACUCUUAAGGAAUCUACUCUACCAGCCUGGAUAGACUCUUAAUGAAUCUACUCUACCUGCCUGGACAGACUCUUAGUAAACUCUGAAUCAGACACUUCUUGAUUUUCUGGAGCACGUUAGGGCUGUUCUGCAGUAGGGUGUGGUGUUGUUGGACUGGAGGGGCCAUGUUCUGCACAGCGCUAUGCAAUAACAUAGCACUCAUACCCUCUGCAUCACUCUCCACAGUUAUGUGCCUCCACAGUUAUGUGCCUCCACAGUCUCCACAGUUAUGUGCCUCCACAGUUAUGUGCCUCCACGGUCUCCACAGUUAUGUGUGUCCACUAGACUCUCUUCUCAAUACAGGGUUCUAUCAAUUCAUAUUUCACUGAUGUAGAGAUACUAGGACUGAAUCAGACGAUUGUUUAACCAGCCAUACUUCUCUCUCCAAUCUGUGAGCAUGUCUCUCUUCCCCUCUAUCACCCUCUUACAAUAGAUCAGUUAUGCAAUAUGGCUCUUACAUUGGUUCUGCAGUCUUUGAUCUAUCCAUUUAUUGUUGUUUUUAUGAUAUGAAGAAAUAGUACUGAUACAUGUAUGUUCAUCAUAACUUCUUUCUCAAAGCAAUCAAUAUAACAAUAAUGUCUGACAGUAGGGUGAAGGAAUGAUCAAAUAUAGGUAUGAAUCUGAAAUCCAACCACAUUUUACCAGACAGCUCACAAAAUCAGCUACAAUACAGUAUAUUUCACCUCACUUUAAAGUGUUUGUUGCUAUGCAACUACUUAGUACAAAUACUCAUUGUUUGCCUGUACAGAAAGAGAACAAGCACUUGCCUUCCAUACUUACUUUAGUAUAAUACACAUCUCUUCCAUACUUACUUUAGUAUAAUACACAUCUCUUCCAUACUUACUUUAGUAAAAUACACAUAUCUUCCAUACUUACUUUAGUAUAAUACACAUCUCUUCCAUACUUACUUUAGUAUAAUACACAUCUCUUCCAUACUUACUUUAGUAUAAUACACAUAUCUUCCAUACUUACUUUAGUAUAAUACACAUCUCUUCCAUACUUACUCUGGUAUAAUACACAUCUCUUCCAUACUUACUCUGGUAUAAUACACAUCUCUUCCAUACUUACUUUAGUAUAAUACACAUCUCUUCCAUACUUACUCUGGUAUAAUACACAUCUCGUCCAUACUUACUCUGGUAUAAUACACAUCUCUUCCAUGCUUACUCUGGUAUAAUACACAUCUCUUCCAUACUUACUCUGGUAUAAUACACAUCUCUUCCAUACUUACUCUGGUAUAAUACACAUCUCUUCCGUGCUUACUUUGGUAUAAUACACAUCUCUUCCAUGCUUACUUUGGUAUAAUACACAUCUCUUCCAUGCUUACUUUAGUAUAAUACACAUCUCUUCCGUGCUUACUUUAGUAUAAUACACAUCUCUUCCAUACUUACUCUGGUAUAAUACACAUCUCUUCCAUACUUACUUUGGUAUAAUACACAUCUCUUCCAUACUUAUUACUCUGGUAUAAUACACAUCUCUUCCAUACUUAUUACUCUGGUAUAAUACACAUCUCUUCCAUACUUACUCUGGUAUAAUACACAUCUCUUCCAUACUUACUUUGGUAUAAUACACAUCUCUUCCAUACUUAUUACUCUGGUAUAAUACACAUCUCUUCCGUGCUUACUUUGGUAUAAUACACAUCUCUUCCAUACUUACUCUGGUAUAAUACACAUCUCUUCCAUACUUACUCUGGUAUAAUACACAUCUCUUCCGUGCUUACUUUGGUAUAAUACACAUCUCUUCCAUACUUAUUACUCUGGUAUAAUACACAUCUCUUCCAUACUUACUCUGGUAUAAUACACAUCUCUUCCGUGCUUACUUUGGUAUAAUACACAUCUCUUCCAUACUUACUCUGGUAUAAUACACAUCUCUUCCAUACUUACUUUGGUAUAAUACACAUCUCUUCCAUACUUAUUACUCUGGUAUAAUACACAUCUCUUCCGUGCUUACUUUGGUAUAAUACACAUCUCUUCCAUACUUACUCUGGUAUAAUACACAUCUCUUCCAUACUUACUCUGGUAUAAUACACAUCUCUUCCGUGCUUACUUUGGUAUAAUACACAUCUCUUCCAUACUUAUUACUCUGGUAUAAUACACAUCUCUUCCAUACUUACUCUGGUAUAAUACACAUCUCUUCCGUGCUUACUUUGGUAUAAUACACAUCUCUUCCAUACUUACUUUGGUAUAAUACACAUCUCUUCCAUACUUACUCUGGUAUAAUACACAUCUCUUCCAUACUUACUCUGGUAUAAUACACAUCUCUUCCAUACUUACUCUGGUAUAAUACACAUCUCUUCCAUACUUACUUUGGUAUAAUACACAUCUCUUCCAUACUUAUUACUCUGGUAUAAUACACAUCUCUGUCAUGUUAAGCACAUUGUUAUUUUUUAUCAGGGUAGAAAGUCAGUGAAGUAUGAUGACUGUGUUAAUUUGGGUUCUACUAUCCUGGACAUUUCUAGGAUGUGUCAGUUAGUGUCCAGAGGUACUGUCCCUUUAGGUUAAGUUCUUUUAGAUUUUUAGAUUCCACAUCUCUUUCUUUCUCUAAAGCAGUUCUACCUACCUAGGUAUCUGGAGUUUUAUACAGGUAUCCUGUGAUGUUAUAUGAAUUUAAGUGUGUGUAUAUAUCAGUUCAAAACCACUUAAACACAAGACUGUGAACCUUGGGACUGGCUAUUUUGUCUUGGGCAAAAUAUCAUUCUUGUGCUGUUUUUAUUUUGUUAGAAAGUUUUAUGUUAGAUCAGUUUCUUUUUCUUGGACAGUCUUUUUCAAACAGCAUUUUUAGAUUACAGUGUAUUCAUCAGAAAGGUUUACAUGCAUAAUAUUCGAUUUACCAAGAGGCCUUGUCUUUGUAUUUUCUGAAGAUGUUUGCACAAAUGUUUUGUAUGGCAAAAUCAUUAUUAAAUAAUUACAUUGUUUGGUCA